UGAGCUCCUACUGGCGUCCAGGGGCCUCGAGCAGCUAGUGAAGGCGUCGUCGUAGCGACGUGGCUUGGCGGCGGGUACAAAAGAUUUUCUCCUGGCGUUCUUAUCUCCUUCUCUUUCCACAACACCCGCCUAUAAUGGCAUCGGAGCGACGAGAAACACGACCGGUACGCUCGAGACGACCGACGCGACGACAUGCGGGACACUCGCCAGCGAACCGGCGAGUACGCCCGCUGCCCGAGUACUCCAUACGGAGGCAGUCGAAGGCUCGCCGGCCUGCACCCUCCUGCGGGCUGGUACAUACCCGCCCACCAUGCCCUGAUUCAGCAAACGUACGGCUCUCGCUUCUGAACCAGCAGCUACCGAUCGAAUCGCAAUUCAUCAGUGAGGGGGUUGACUGGCUUGGAUACACCUACCUCUUCGUUAGGAUGCUGCGCUCGCCAGGCUUGUAUCGCGUUAGUCCCGAAUACGAGAACGACACAGUCCUGGAGCAGAGGCGGGUGGGUUUGAUACAUGGUGCCGCGUAUGUCCUGGAGAAAUGCAAUCUGGCGAAGUACGACAGGAAGUCGGGGGCUCUCCAACCAACGGAGCUCGGGAGGAUUGCAUCCCACUACUACAUCACUCACAACUCUAUGGGGACAUACAAUCCGCACAUCCAGCCCGGUAUCAGCGCGAUUGAAUUAUUCGAUACUGUCGCUCAUACCGCGAGAUCUGGUGCUGUCACAUGCAAACGCGAGCGGUGACGCAGGCAAGCUAGGAUGCGCUGGGCGCUGCUGGUGUCGCGAGGCAGGUAGAAGCUCAAGUCAGAGAUGUUGGAGACAGAAGAGGGAGAAGAAGAAUAAUGGGAGACUCGGUGUCUCUCCAUGGCGGACACCAUGGCUUGGAGUCCGGUGGGUGGUUCGUCGCGACGCCUAGUUUCCUUUAACCCGAUGGACCAGGGUCCAGUUGAAGGCAACGGUCAUCCACAAAGUUUAACGGCGUAAAGAUGGUGGAGGCUGACCGUAUGUUUGAUACGGGCUUCGAACACAGGUCAUGAAGGGGAGGAACUCGCCGGACAGGAGCUUUCAGGUAAGUUCGGCGGCAGGGGUCCGUCGUCGCACGUAGCUAACAGUCGUGGCAGUGCGCUCAUGAAACUCGACAACGGAGGCCCGGU